AGCCGGGACCCCGCGAUGGGGAGAGAGCAGGAUGGAGCCGGGACCCCGCGAUGGGGGAGGGCGCGGGAUGGAGCCGGGACGCCGCGAUGGGGAGGGAGCGGGAUGAAGCUCCCGCACGGAGCUGGCACCCGGCGGGUCCCGGCUGAUCCCGGGGAUGCUCCCGCAGCGCUCCGGUGUGCGUGGACGGCGGGCUCAGGUCUGCGUGGCCGGGGUUCCUCUUCCCGCGGCAAUUCUAGCCCUGGGCUAUGUUGGUUUUGGGUGAGUGCCUGCCCUCGUCUGUCAGGGAGCGGACUCUGUUCACGAAGGUGUUUUACCCUCCGCGGAGGAAUUUUGCCCUCCACAAACUUCUGUCUUGUAGGUGCUGUCCAAAUCCUGCGCUCUGCCGAGUGCUGCCUCGGCUUAAAAUCCCUCCUGAACAUCCACUCGCGGAACUCGUACGGAAUCAGAGGAUUUGGGUUGGAAGGGACCUCAGAGAUCACCCCAUCCCAACCCCCAUGCCAUGGGCAGGGACACCUUCCCUGGUCCAAGGGAUGCAAAGGUCCGUUCUUCCCACUCCCUCCCUCCUCAGGGAUUUGUCAGACGCUGUUCACCAUAACUGGCUGCUCUGAUUCUGCAAGUCAUCUGUGUGUGCUUGACUCAAGAAAAGAGGAGAUAAUACAUCUGUCUGUCACCACUACAGCAACGCUGCCAGAAUUAUUCCUGGGGUUGACACUGCCUCUAAAAAAAAGGGAGCAGUUGGUUCUUUUAUCUCCUCCCAAGCACAGCCUGAUCCCCCACUUUUGAACAUGUGAGGUUUCCCAUUAAGUCAGUGUGGGUUCAGUGAAAGAUCCAGCUUCCCUCAAACCUUCCUGGUUCAAAAGCAUUGUCAUGCUCCAUCACAGGAAAAGGGGGAGAAGUAGCUGUGCAACACAGGGAAACAUUCAAA